AUGGUUUUGAUGGCAAUGGUAUCGCUCUCGUUUCUUCCGAAUAUCGACAAGCUCAAAUUUUCUGGAUCCGACAUGCAGUCCGAGUUGUUCCGAGUUGCGCACUUGAGAUCUCUGUACGCGGGACUACAGUUAACGUUUACGACGAUACGACAAGAUUAUUGGAUCCUGCGAGCACGACAUUUGGUCAGAUCAAUUAUACAUCGAUGCGUCGUGUGCACGCGAGAACGGGCCAGAAUCCCGACUCAGUUAAUAGGAGAUCUACUGUAUACUCGAGUGAACCCACCAACUCGCGCUUUCGUGCAUUACGGACUCGACUACGCCGGCCCAGUGCUCGUCAGAGCACUGGCGGGCCGAGGCGUAACGGUACGUAAGAUCUACAUUGCCAUUUUCAUUUGUUUGGCUUCGAGAGCCGUUCACUUAGAACUGGUUGACGGUUCCCGCAGUUACACUCCUGCAUUUAUCGCUGCGUAUUCUCGCUUUUGCUCUUGUCGUGGACUACCUGAGACUGUCCAUUCGGACAACGGCACAACGUUCAUCGGCGCAAAUCGCGAACUCACACUCGCCUUCCGAGCUGCUCUUCGGAACCCGAAUUUUCAAAAUCGUACUGCGGGCAAUGGCGUGACGUGGAAAUUCAUUCCCCCGUCAGCGCCACAUUUCGGAGGCUUAUGGGAAGCGGAAGUUCGCAGCGUCAAGUACCAUCUUCGUCGGGUGCUGAGGACUUAUACCUUAACCUUCGAAGAAUUCACCACUUUAUUGUGUUAUGUUGAGGCAUGUUUAAAUUUGCGCCCAUUGGGACCGCUAACCGACAGUUUGGACGACUUCGAGUCCUUGACCCCCGGAAAUUUUUUGAACCUUCAGUUCUGA